UGCUCAUGUGUGCUAGUUUGACGCUAGAGCAGGAAGUGACCAUUUCGGGAGAUUAACUUACCUUUUCCUACAUCUUUCAGUCAGAAGCAGCAGUUUGUGACACGUCACUUCAAACAUGACCAAGUACGAGUUUCAGGUGGAGAUGACGUGUGAAGGAUGUUCAGGAGCCAUUUCCAGAAUCCUCAGCAAACAGGAAGGCGUGAAGUUUGAGAUCGACCUGCCGAAGAAACUAGUUUGGAUCGAGUCCGACAAAGACUCGGACUUUCUCUUGGAAGUGCUGAAGAAAAGUGGGAAGAAAGUCACGUACAACGGCACCAAAUGAGCGGAAUCUUGCUCCAUUCAUGUAGAACAGGAAAGUUCUUUAUUGGUCAGGAGGAGGAGGAGUCUGACGGAUCAUCUCCCUCCUUCAAAUCUCCUGAAGCUGACACGCACAAAAAUCUUCCCUGAAUGCAGAUCAUCCUACAGUGUUGUCAUAAACAACUAUAAAGUUGCUCUUCUGUGAUAAUGUUUUCUAUUUUGAAAAGAGAAAAAACCUGAAGAUCUAAAGUGUUUUUUUGACUUCUUUUAACUCAGCUGAGACACAUUCCCUUUGCUGUGCGACACUACACGGAUAUGUCUAAACACUUCAUUCAGUAUUGAUUAUCAUCAUCAAUAUUAUUAUACUCUUGAUUCUGCACCAGGGAAAACUCAUAAACUCAUGAUCGGAUUAGUAUUGUCACAUGUGAUUUUAUUUUUGAAAACAAUUUUUUCUUUUUUCCUUUUUAAAGAGCCACAAUUCUGACUGAAAUCUCAGAUGAAUGACGUAUUUCUGAGUUCUAUCCUCAGAAUUGUAAGAUUAAACUCUGACUUUAAACUCAGAAUUCUGACUUUUCUUCCUCUGAAUUCUGAUUUAAAUCUCAGAAUUCUGGCUUUCUUGUUUUAAUUUUGUUUCAAAAAAUAAAAGAUAUUCUCAUAUGACUCUAAUCCUCUUCCGUACAAGUGAAGUAAUUAAGAUUUGCUAAAAAUCUAUUAACGAGCUGUAAUUUACAUUUUGCUUGUGUUACUUUGGAAAAAUAAGCUUCUCUUUUCUUGUUGUAAAAUAAAUAACAUCAGUUCUG